CGCAGUCCUCCGUGGACACCUCGCGGCCUCAAGCCGGAGCGCCUCUUCCUCCACCCUACUGCCCUGAGGACUCUCCUCUCUGUCCCUCACUCUCCUCCUGUCUAAAUCCAUCCUGUGGUCUCCCGUGAUGUCAGACCCUCCCGGUCCUGCCCCAACACUCGUGUAAAUACGGACUCGCUAUUCUCCCAAGGCGCCUGCGCUUGUGCCCCCGGCUACAGUCGGUGCCCGCUCACACUCAGGAAUAUGGCUCGCUCGCCGGAGCUCCGAGGGAAGGCGGGCGCCCCUGGUUUCCCUGCACCCCAGCUCUGCCCGACACUGCACACACAGGCCCCCACGUGGCUGCUUGUAGGAAUCCACCGGCCGGCCUGGCUCGCUGCUCUCGGACUUCGGCUGCAGGAGAAUCACGAAGUAUGUUGCUGUGCGUCGGUCCCUCUCCAGGGACCCAGCCCGGGCACUUGCCUGUCAGGAGAAGCCAUCAUGGGAUGUUCAGCUGUCCUCCUCGCUGUGGCUCUGGCCACCCUCCUGGCUCCAGAAGCCGGGGUGCCCAUCCGCAGGCCAGGCUUCCAGAACAAGCUGUUCCUCGUGUCCUUUGAUGGCUUCCACUGGAACUAUGACCAGGACGUGCACACCCCCAACCUGGAUGCCACGGUGAGAGACCGAGUGAAAGCUCAAUACAUGACCCCGGCCUUCGUCACCAUGACCAGCCUGUGCCACUUCACCUUGGUCACUGGCAGGUACAUCGAGAACCACGGCGUGGUCCACAACAUGUACUACAACACCACCAGCAAGGUGAAGCUGCCCUACCACGCCACACUGGGCGUCCAGAGGUGGUGGGACGACGGCAGCGUGCCCAUCUGGAUCACGGCCCAGAGGCGGGGCUUAAAGACCGGCUCCUUCUUCUACCCCGGUGGGAACGUCACCUACCAAGGCAUGGCCAUGAUGCUGAGCCGGGAGGAAAGCGUCCUGCACAACUACAAAGACGAGGAGGAGCGGAGGGCCAACAUCGACACGGUGCUGAAGUGGUUCACGGAGGAGGGCCUGCACCUGGUCACACUCUACUUUGGAGAUCCAGACUCCACUGGCCACAGGUAUGGCCCCGAGUCCCAGGAGAGGAAGGAGAGGGUGAGGCAGGUGGACAGGACCGUGGGCUACCUCCGGGCCAGCAUCAGGCACAGUGGCCUGCAGAGCAGCCUCAACCUGAUCAUCACGUCCGACCAUGGCAUGAGCACUGUCAACAAGAUAGCCGGCGACCUGGUGGAACUCCACAAGUUCCCCAACUUCACCUUCAAGGACAUUGAGUUCGAGCUCCUAGACUACGGACCAAAUGGGAUGCUGCUUCCCAAGGAAGGGGUGCUGGAGGUGUACAAGGUCCUCAAGGAUGCCCACCCCAAACUCCACGUCUACAAGAAGGAGUCCUUCCCCAAGUCUCUCCACUACACCAAUAACCGCAGGGUCACCCCCCUGCUCAUGUACAGUGACCCUGGCUACGUCAUCCACGGGGUGAGGUGCCUGCGGAAUGCACGGCUCAGGGGGCGGGCUGCUGGGUCUCUUUCCAUUUCUAUAAAAAGCACACCCUAUUUCUAGCUAGUCCCCAAUUUGAGGGGCGUUGGCCACUGAUGGGACACACCUAUCACUAUGCAAUAGGAGUGUGUGCGU